GGGACACCUCUCACUGCAGCUCGCCACAUCUUUUCACUAUCAGAUCUUCUCAAUAUACCGGCCUCACGUCCAAGGACAAAAUGAUAGUUCGUAUUACGAUCCCGAUUCAAUUAAAUUGUAGAAAAAAUUAAGCAAACUUCCCUAUAAGUAUUACGCAUUCAUUUUGUCUGUUAUCAGAUUUAAAUAAUUUAUUUUCCUUAAAAAUUUACUAUAAACACUUUCUCUAAUAAUUUUUUCCCCUUCAAAAUCUAUAAACUGAUAAAUAACCGGAAGUCAGUGGAAUAAUAAUGGCUGCCUCCAUGAUCAGACAGCUAUCCAAGGGAUCCAGGGUACUAGCAAGACAAGUUUUGAGGUAUCCUCCUUGUGUGUAUAAAGCUGAAGUUGUUGCUACGACGACACAGUGUCAAACAAAUAGGACCAGUCUGAUACAGCAGUUCUCUAGCCUUAGUGUGGGGAACACAGACUCUGUCACCAGACAAAACCCAAUAGUGGCUUCAUCACAAAGAUCUCUUCUAGAAGCUUGCCAGCCCUUCAAAACAACCAUUAGGACUAAGAUCCGUUACAGCAAGUUAAACAAAGACAAGACUGCCCGCCCAGUGAUCCGUCGAUUUUACCGCCUGGACUGGGGGGCUUGGAUCCGAACAAAGUGCGGACGUGGAAAGAAACGAUUUCGGAAAUCCACGGAACGAAAACGACGCUUGGAUCAACAUGUGUUUUGUAACAAACAACAAAAUAAGCUGCUGGAUCAGCUGGUUACUCCUUUCUGGAGAAAGAAAAUGUAUUUUGUUGACAGUCCUUAUGAACCUUAUCAAAAGAGACAUCAUAUUACAAGAUAUUUCAAAGAAAAGCCGGUUUUCCUGCCAUGAGGUCGUGUGAUAAGUUCAUUUUUGUAUGUUUUGUUUCAAAGUAAAUUUGCGAUACUUCA